ACCCUUACCCACUUGUCUCUCACAUAUAAUUCUGCCUCGGACACAACAAACCUCAGCUUCGGCAUACUGAACCUCGCUUUAUAUAAUAACACAACUCUCUUCUACAUCUUCUUACAUUCGUGUUCUGGUCCGGCCUAAUCCGUUUAGCUUUUUAUCAAGACAAGAAAAAGAGUUUCAGAUAUUAUCUUAACCCAAAGAGAUCUAAAAGAACAUGGCGAUGGUUUCAGGAAGACGUUCUACUCUAAACCCCGACGCGCCUCUGUUUGUUCCGGCGGCUGUACGACAAGUGGAGGAUUUCUCUCCGGAGUGGUGGCAGUUGGUGACGACUUCGACGUGGUACCAUGACUACUGGAUCAGCCAGCAUCAAGGUGCAGAUGGUUUCUAUGAUGGUGAAGUUGAUGUAGCUGAUCUUCUUCCGGAGUCGUUUGAUUUCGAUGACAUGGAAGAUCUAUUCGAGGCUGAUGAGUUUGGUGGGGAGAUCUACCAUACACCUUCUGACUUUGGUUUAGGGAAGAAUGGUGAGAUGGUGAGGAGAUCGAGUGGGAACAGGAGUCCUAAGUUGAUUGUAGAGCCGGCGAAGUAUGCAGAGAAGCCAGCUAAGUGGGCAAACCAGAGGGUUGCUUCUCCAAGAAACAUCCACCAGCCUCGCUGAAUAAGAGAGGGAGGAGGAGUUGUUGUUAACUAGUCAGAGUUGGUUGUAUGUUAGCCACUGUACCUUAUGUAAUUUUCUUAGUAUUAUUUACUUUCCCACAAGAGAACUUGGUUCUUUGUACCUUGUUCAUUAUCAAAUAAAAAUGUAAAAACAUUAAAAAAAAAGUUGUAAACUCUGAAGAGAAAUGAGAAUUAGAUUUUAUUUCUA